AUGUUCGGAGCUUCCUCGGGAGGAGGACUCUUUGGCGCAGCUCCUGCUUCUGGAGGAGCAUUUAGCGCCGCCUCUAGUUCUGGAGGGCUGUUUGGCGCAGCUCCGUCUGGAGGAGCUGGAGGGCUCUUUGGCGCAGCUCCUUCGUCUGGAGGAGCCGGAGGGCUCUUUGGCGCAGCUCCCUCUUCUGGCGGAGCCGGAGGUCUCUUUGGCGCAGCUCCCUCUUCUGGCGGAGCUGGAGGGCUCUUUGGCGCAGCUCCUGCUUCUGGAGGAGCACUUGGCGCGGCGUCUAGUUCUGGAGGGCUGUUUGGCGCAGCCCCCUCUUCUGGCGGAGCCGGAGGGCUCUUUGGUGCAGCUCCUGCUUCUGGAGGAGCACUUGGUCCAUCUAGUUCUGGAGCGCUUUUCGGCGCAGCUCCCUCCUCUGGCGGAGCUGGAGGUCUUUUUGGCGCAGCUCCUGCUUCUGGAGGAGCAUUUGGCGCUGCGUCUAGCUCUGGCGCAGCUUCAUCUGGAGGAGGCACUGCGCUGGGCAUGGGCGCGCCCACCGCCCAAGAGGCACAGCUGACGUGUAUGGAGCUCGCGAGGCGGAUGGAGGACCUGUACCCCGUGCUGGGCCGAGCUGCGGGGGACCGGCAGAGUGCCGUGCAAGCAGCGCAAAGCGGCGCCAUGCGGCCGUCGGCAGGCAACUUCUUGGCAUUCAGCUAUUCCUUCUGCGCAAAUCCACAGGUGCUUGCGCAGGCCAACAAUCCACAGGCCUUCGACCCUGUGAAGCACGUGGACCCCACGAAGUGGCUCCAGGCGCUGCAGGCGAACCCGGACCCCAACUCCUGCUACCCCGAGGCGCUGGUCGGCCUCCCUGCCCUAGAGCAGCGGCUGCUGCAGCAGCAGAAAGGCUGUGAGGACUUGAGCACAGCUUUGGAGGAGGUGAGGGCUGGCAUGGGCAAUCUGAAGGAUCAUUUGCAGGCACAAAGUUGGCAGAAGCUGGAGGAGUGCCGACAAAGACAGCAGAAGCUGCAACGACAAUUGCUGCAGGUGGUAGUGGCUCUGGAGCGCCGUGCGUUGCAGACGGGCGCAGCGCGCAGAGGACCACAGGAGGAGGCUCAGCUGGAAGGGCGCCUGGCCAAGCUGGAAGAGGCCUGCUGCGCGCCUGGGGGCGCGCGGGCGCGGUUGGAGGAGCUGUCCGUGCAGCUUCGGCAGCUGGUACAGCUGCCAGGUGGGCCAAGUGCCUUGCUGGCCGGCGACGAGUGCAAGCUGGCACUGGGUGAAGGUGCGCGGGGGAGCCAGAGCGCCGACAGCGCCGAGACUGCCGUGCUCAAAGUCACAGCGCAGCAAGGGGAGCUCUUGGAGCUCCUCAGCGAGGACUUGGCGCGAAGGCGGCGGGACACGGCGCAGCUGGAGAUGGCCCUGGGCCGCGGGACGCUGGAGGCGCUCGGCAGAGGCCCCAUGGACUUCAGUCAAGCCGGCCAGAUUGGGGCGCGCAGCGGGCUCGGAAUCGGUUUGCCCGGCAUAAGCAGCUCAGGCUAUCCUGGCUAUCCUGGCAGACGGCAAUAUCCCUGA